AUGGACCCCGAUGACGUCCGCCCCUCGCCGAGCGACCCUGCUGCCACCCCUUCCUCGUGGAGCGACCCCGCCGCCGUCCGGAGGCACCGGCUCCAGCGCCGCCUCUCGCACGGUGCAUCGGUUAUUCACCUUGACGAGCUCGUGGGCGUUGGCUUCUGUCUCUCUGAUUCUACGACGCCCGGUCUAUUUCUGCAGGGCGGCAGCGGGAGGGAGCUCGUGGCGGCGCUGUUGGAGAGCCCCAGGAUCCGCGACGCGGCCGACCGGCUGAAGGCCACGCCGGAGAGGCGGAUCUCGGCAGGGCAGGAGGCGGCGCCGAGGCACGUCUACGUGUUCCAGUGGGAGUACGCCACGGUGGAUCCGGCGCGUGUCGAGGUGCGUGGAGUUGCGUUGUCGUGGCUCGAUCAAAUAGGGUUGGGUAUUCAUAGGUGA